AUGGCGAGAUGUGCGGUGGAAAAUUCGGCACCCCCACAAGUCUGUACCAGUUGUUAUAUUCAAUAUGCCCAAUUGAGAGAAGAGGAAUAUAAAAGUCAACAUUUGGAUGUCUUGUCUGCCAAUAAUCGAACUUGUACAACUGUUAUUUACGAAAAUUAUGUCGUCAGUUAUGCUCAUUUAAUGUCUGGUGCACUUGGGAAACAAAUUUGGGAAAAGUCGAGGUGUCAAUCCUGUCUAAUAAUUCAUGGCGAUUUAACUAAUGGAACGGCUACUUUCGACCUUGAUAAUAAAACAUCAACAUUUUCUAAUUUAUUAAAUGUUUGGAGAGAUUGUAUUUCCAACGCAACAUUUAUUCUUAAAAACAUUCAAAACAACAACAAAAACACAAAUUUACAAACAUUUAAACAAGAAGGCCCUCCAUUUGUUUGCCAACAUUGUUCAAAACAAUUUGAUUCUCUUUUUGAUUUUUAUUGGAAAGUUUAUACUGCGCCGAACAUUGAUUUUUGUGUUGAUGUUGAGGCGAUGAUGAACGAUACAAUGAAUUUAUGGCAUGAUGUACUCCACUGCAAGGAUGAUCCUAGAACUGAAGAUAGGCAUCAAGAUAUUCGGGUAGCUGCUUUUUCUGCUGCACUGUUAGCAAUAGUUAUUGGGUUGUUUUAUGCUGGGAGUUAUAUACAAACUGAACAGGCACAAACACAACUUAUUCAAUAUUCUCGGAGACAAACAGUCCAUGACGUCCAACGUUCCCGCUUACUUUCCUCUUCCACAUUGGAUGCUUAUGCUGAUCCAACUCCCGGUUCUUCAAUGCAGGGAUAGCGAAAGCUUCUUUUAAUUUUUUGUGGCUUUAUUUUUUUAUUCUCUAAAGAGUUUUCUUUAUUUUUUUUCUUUUCUACCCUCAUUUUCACUUGAUUAAAAAAUUUUUUUAUCGAUUUUUGAAUGCUAAUCGAUUU